AACACAAGCUUAAAGGGCUUUGUUACUUUCCCGAUUUGCAUUUUAUAAACACUGAAUUCCAAUUAAAUAGUUUUGUGAGAUCGGUGAAAGUUCAUCGCCUGUUUACUCAUGGCGAACCAACGCCUUCUAGUCUAUUUUGCGUGUACUUUCAGUUUAGUUUCUGCACAAGCUACAAAGUAUGCACUUAAAGGUCAGGAGAUAAUCUUGGUGCCAUCCAUCUUUGGACAACCUGAUAGAAUUCUCUGGAUGCGUGACGGGAAGAAAGUGGUUUUGUUUGACAGCAUGGAGGAGUUUGUGUUCCCUCCAUACGAGAACAGGAUCACUCUGGACUGGGCCUCAGCAGAACUCGCCAUCAAAGACGCCACAUAUGAAGACAGUGGAGACUAUGAACUGGAAGUUGACAUCUUCAAGCAGGUGCAUCGUUCAAAGUAUAAAAGGGAGGUUAUAGACAACAUAGCCAAACCCAGCAUUUCCUGUGAGAUGGCCGACGCGAACCAGGCGACGCUUGUGUGCUCAACAGUUUCCAAACAUCCUCGUUUUGUAGAGUACAAAUGGAGCUCACAUGGAAACAGGCGGCCGGGUCCCAAUUUAACAAUAACCCUCAGGGAUGAAAGUGAUGAUCGAAUUUACCGUUGCGACGUAAGCAACCCUCUGACCAAUGAAACUGCUACAUUCACUGCCAAGGACUGCUUCCUGGACAAAAAAUCUGCUGCUCUACUUGCCAUCAUCCUCCCUGUCAUUUUUGGUGUCGCCUUCAUUUUGUUCGUCAUGUUGGCCUGUGUAUUCCGCAGAAAACUUCGAGGUACAGCAUGUUUUGAAAAUACAAAGAACGGGGUUUUUAAAAGACGAUACAGUACAACAGAAGGGUCCAGUCAGGGUGACGAAAUCACAUUCUUCCUGGGCGGAUUAGCCACGCUUCCCUCCAAUCAGAGGCUGCGCCCUUUGCUUCCAAGUGAAUGGCUUGAUCUUAAUAAUGGCAAUGAAGAAAAGCUUGACGCAGUAAAUGGGUUGAACAAGAAGUUGACUGGAGAUGAGGAGACUGGAGAGUCUGAUGCAGACAUUGGCCUCACGACUUUCUCCGACCUACCUAAUUCCCCUUUGACCUCCUCAGACAUGAACAGCACCACUGAACAUGAGGAUAACUCAUCUCAACAGGUCUCUGGAGUCGCCUCAGAUGAAAUCGCAAAGGAAGUUGACUCACCCAAAGUUGAGAAGGCUUCCUCCGCUUCUACAGAAGAGAAAGGUCCAGAAGAAGGAGUAGUAGUAGCUGGGCAGGAGCCACUUUCAGACAUUGCACAAGGAGCGUCGGUGACCGGAGGUGAGGACCAGCGGGAAACGAGUGCAUCGGCCUCUGAGUGUGAAACACAGUCAGAUAGUGAAGAUGAGGCGGUCAUUGCAGAUGAGGAACAGAGUGAGCCAGAACCCCACCAUUCGUUGACUGACGCACCACACCACAGGAACACAAAUGCAACUCAGACUCAGGGCUCAUAACCUUUUUUUGUUAUUAUUAUUAUUUUUUUAAACAAGUUGGUAUUUUUAAAAUAGUAAAAAGAAUUAUAUUACCAUUGGUCUUUUUUAAAUGGACUGAAUGUCGAAUGAUAAUGUAGGAGUUGAUCACGCAAAUCACCACUAGUUCUACUGGUAUAUAAUUCAGAAAUAUAGAGCAUUUUAAUAUUGAACUGAUGUGAUAAAGGUGCUCACUAUGUGCUUACAACAAAAAAGAAGUUUCAAAGACUGAUAUUUGAAGCACUUGUUGUAAAUAGGCUUAUUUUUCUACAAAAUAUCUCCCGAAUGGAACGAAUGGACUAGAUUUCUGUCUCUCGUUAUGUUUUGUCAUUGACCAGCCAGGACCUGAUGCUUGUGCUGCAUUGGAUACUGUACACUUGAAUUGUAAAUUCUCAUCUGCAAUUGUAUUAUUAGAGUCUGAGUAUUUCACUUGGAAAGCUAAAAGAAAUUAUUUUUUAAAAUGCACAGUACAUUUGUAAUGCAA